GUCGAUCACAUGACACGUGACACGAUGACUACUUCCUCUUCCUGUGUACAGUCCGCUCCGAACAGAGGGGUACGAUGGGGCUUGAUGCUAAGCGCACACACUUGAAAAGCGACUGACUACGAAAAGCAACGGUGACUGCCGUUAAUUUUGGACAAAACAAUGACAACUCAAAGCAGAGACAGCGGCGAAGUCAUUAAAAACUACCACAAACAGGCGUUCGAGUACGUCUCUAAGGCAUUAAGGAUCGACGAAGACGAUUCAGGUGAUAAAGAGGAGGCGGCGCAGUGGUACAAGAAGGGCAUUUCUGAGCUUCAGAGGGGGAUCGCAGUAGAGAUCACCGGACAAGCAGGAGAGCAAUAUGACAGAUCCAAGAGACUCCAAGAUAAAAUGGUCACCAAUCUCAGCAUGGCCAAAGAUCGGCUUGCUCUUUUGGAGGAGACCAUGGCGUCUAAAAGGAGAAGUAAUCCACAGAAGACCUCAAAUUGUGAUCUUCCACAACCGAAGCCUGUCCCUAAAAGCCAGCCUGCAGCGCGAGCCGUGUCCACCAACACCCGGCCCUCCACCUUUACUAAACCCGCUUCCAGGCCCACCGAUCCAAAGGUGACACCACGGAUUGGAAAACCUCAAAAUGGAAAAGGCACAGCUGUGAAAAAUGCCCCAAAGAGGGAUAUGAAGAACUUCAAGAAUGUGGACAGCAAACUGGCCAACUUGAUUAUGAAUGAAAUAGUCGACAGCGGGGCGUCUGUAUCCUUUGAAGACAUUGCGGGGCAGAACUUGGCCAAGCAAGCGCUCCAAGAAAUUGUCAUUCUCCCUGCCUUAAGACCAGAGCUCUUCACCGGCCUGAGAGCUCCAGCACGGGGCUUGCUUUUAUUUGGCCCGCCUGGAAAUGGUAAAACCAUGUUGGCCAAAGCAGUCGCAGCAGAGUCCCAUUCAACAUUCUUCAACAUCAGCGCAGCCACUUUGACGUCUAAAUAUGUAGGAGAGGGAGAGAAGCUCGUACGGGCACUGUUUGCAGUAGCCAGAGAAUUGCAGCCCUCUGUCAUCUUUAUUGAUGAAAUCGACAGCUUGCUUUGUGAAAGGAGGGAGGGAGAACAUGACGCCUCUCGACGAUUAAAAACGGAGUUCCUCAUUGAGUUCGAUGGGGUGCAGUCAGGAGCUGAUGACAGGGUGCUUGUGAUGGGAGCGACCAACAGGCCUCAGGAGCUCGACGAAGCAGUGCUGAGGCGCUUUGCAAAAAGGAUUUAUGUGGCAUUGCCUGAUGCAGAGACAAGAUUCACACUGCUGAAAAACCUUUUGGAAAAGCAUGGCAGUCCAUUGAGCAAAAAUGAGCUUUCCUCUCUCGCAAAAAUGACUGCGGGAUAUUCAGGAAGUGAUCUCACGUCAUUAGCCAAAGAUGCUGCCCUUGGGCCAAUUCGAGAAUUGUGUCCAGACCAAGUUCGACGUAUGGCUGCUAGUGAGAUGCGUAACAUCAAGAUGAAAGACUUUGAGGAUUCCCUGAAGCGCAUUAAGCCCAGCGUUAGCUCAACGACUCUUGAUAUGUAUACCAAAUGGAACAAAGAUUUUGGAGACACAACAGCGUUUUGAACAAAAAAACAGAAAAUAACCUUAUAUGAAGUUUUCUGUUUUAUUUUGUGAAUAUGAGGUGUCAUUUAGAUUGGUAAAGCUAUAAUGUAUAAAUAUGACAUUUGAAACAUUCCCUGUUUUUGGGGAAGGCUUUGCUACUAAAAUGUAUUGUUUAGCUCUUACUGUUUCACUCCUAAAGCACUAUGUUGUUACUUGAAAUCGUAUUAUUUAUUCUCAAGAAUGUUAUGCAAGUGAUCUUUCUGUCUCUUGCCUCAAGAGGGCAGCAAGGCUCUGCAGGUUCUGGCAUUGCUCACAGAGCAGGAUCAUUUUACACAUCCAUUUGUCACCUGAUGCUUCGACAUAUUGACGCUCACCAAGUCACCAAGUGCUCUCUGCACGUGCGCAUGCAUGUAUGAUAAUUGGGAUAAGAUUUGCUACAUUUGGUGAAUUUGUAUCAUAACUAUGUUUUUUUUUCUUCAAUUUGCAUUUCCUGGUUUUAGGUACUGUUACUUAUAUUAUUUUUGAAAGUUGGACAUAUAAUGAAUUGUUGUGUUGGCCCACUGAAGUUGGAAAUCAUUAUGGAGCAGAACUGGAAAAUAUCUUCAUUCAUCAAUAAAUACAAUCAUUAAAAUCUGUUUUUUUUAUGGC